AUGAAUACAAGAGUUUAUUUUAAUCCAUUAACUCAACAAACUAUUCAAUUACCUAAAAUAAUUUGUGAUAUUAUAGAAUGUAUUUUAAGCAUAUUGAUAUCGGAUAUUUCACUUGAGCAACUUUCAAUACUUCGUUGUUGUUUACCAAAUUUUCUUUAUCAACUUUUUCAACAAAAAUCGAAUUUAGUUCCACAAAAUAUUAUUGAUUGGAUUGUUCAAGGAAUUCGAACAUAUAACAAAUUCAAAUCUUCAAUGAUGAAUAAAAAAAGACUAAUUUUAUUUGUUUUAUCAUUAUUAAUUAUGAAUAUUAGUGGUAUAUCAUCAAAUUCUUAUUACUUAAUUGAUAUUGAUAGAAAUUUAUCAUUAAAUAAUAGUUAUUGUUCAAAUAUAUUAAUUAAUAAAAAUUUAUAUCGUAUUCCUAAUCAAUGUCAUAAACAUGUUUUAUGUGAUCGAUAUCAUUGUGAUGAUAAAUCAUUUCGUUGUAUUAAAAUUCGUGAAACAUUAUGUUGUUUAUAUAAAUAUAUUCAAAAUUUUUGUCAAAAAGAAAAUUUAAAAGAUCAAUUUCGUUUAAUUUAUUUUUAUAUAUCAAUUCAACAUGGAUAUUGUGAAAUAAAUUUAGAACGAAUUGAACAAAAUGAUCAAUCAUAUUGUAUUUCAAAUUAUGUUGAAAUAACAACAACAAUAUCUUCAUCUCAUUUAUCUUAUAAAUAUUUUCAUCGUUAUUAUCCUCGUUUAACUACACAAUUAUCAAAUAUUAAUUAUUUACGAUAUGAUACAACAACUAUUUCAUCAAAAUCUUCGUUUAUUUAUAUAAAUUUUAUCAUUUUACUAUUAUCAAUAUUGUUAUAG